GCAAGUGCAGAUCAAUCAAACCUUCAGAAAUUCAAAAAAGAAUAAAGAAAACAAAAAAAGAAAAGAUACUUCCGUACAAAAAAACAUUUACAUCCCUUCUGGCAUAUUGCUCUCACUAUUUUUUUGCCUAUAAGAAGAGGAUAGAGAUUUCUUGAUUUCCAUUAUUUGAUAGUUUUUGGCCUACACUACCCAUCUCUUUGAUUCUUCUUCUCUUUGCCAUUUAUAGAAGUUCAUAGGUACAGUGGGAGUUAUAUAAUCAGGCAGGCAUGGCCAUCAAAGAGGAUGUAGAGAGUGAUCUGCAGGAGGGCAUAAGAGCUCCACUGAUGAGGGUAGAGAAUAACUUGGCUGAUGGAGGAAGCAGCAUAGGAGGGAAUCCAUGGAUGGUUUACCUCAGCACAUUUGUUGCAGUUUGUGGCUCUUAUGAAUUUGGAUGCUGUGCCGGUUAUUCGUCGCCUACUCAGUCUGCCAUCAGGGAAGAUCUCAGUUUAUCAUUAGCAGAGUAUUCAGUGUUUGGCUCCAUUUUGACGUUUGGUGCAAUGAUAGGUGCUAUCACAAUUGGUCCCAUCACUGAUCUUCUUGGUCGAAAAGGGGCAUUGAGAGUGUCGAGUGCUUUCUGUGUUGCAGGUUGGCUUGCUAUUUACUUUUCCAAGGAGGCUUGGUCUCUGGACAUUGGCAGACUGGCAAACGGAUACGGAAUGGGAGCCUUUUCAUACGUGGUGCCUGUUUUCAUAGCUGAAAUUGCUCCAAAAAAUCUUCGAGGAAGACUAACUGCUAUAAAUCAGUUAAUGAUCUGCUGUGGAGUGUCUGUUUCCUUCAUUCUUGGGGUACUAGUUAGUUGGAGGGCUUUAGCAUUAAUUGGACUUAUUCCCUGUGCUGUGAACAUUUUCGGUCUCUUUUUCAUUCCUGAGUCUCCAAGAUGGCUGGCAAAGAAAGGACGCCAUAAAGAGUUCAAAGUUGCACUGCAGAAACUUCGUGGGAAAGAUGCUGACGUAUCUCAUGAAGCAGAAGAAAUCCAGGAUUAUAUAGAAACUCUUGAUCGGCUUCCUAAAGCCAAAUUGCUGGAUUUGUUUCAAAGGAGAUACUCACGCUCAGUCAUUAUUGGAGUUGGGCUGAUGGUCUGUCAACAAUUUGGAGGAAUCAACGGCGUCUGUUUCUAUGUCAGCGAUAUUUUUGAUCAAGCCGGAUUUUCUUCCAGCAUUGGAACUAUAACCUAUGCUAUUCUUCAGGUUGUGGUUACUGGCAUUGGUGCAGCAGUAAUGGAUAAAGCUGGAAGAAAACCUCUAAUUUUGGUUUCUGCAUCAGGGGUGGUACUUGGCUGUCUUUUGACUGCAGUUUCAUUCUUUCUGAAGGUUCAUGAACUGGCACUCACAGCAACUCCCAUACUUGCUGUAACCGGCAUACUGGUCUAUAUAGGAUCCUUUUCAAUUGGAAUGGGAGCAGUGCCUUGGGUUGUGAUGUCUGAGAUAUUCCCUAUAAAUAUUAAAGGGCAGGCUGGAAGCUUAGCAACGUUAGUGAACUGGUUUGGUGCAUGGUUGUGUUCCUACACUUUCAACUAUCUUAUGAGUUGGAGCUCCUAUGGUACCUUCAUUCUGUAUGCAGCAAUCAAUGCUCUGGCUAUAUUGUUUGUGAUUUUGAUGGUACCUGAAACAAAGGGGAGAACCCUGGAACAAAUCCAAGGAGCCAUUAACAAAUAGAGAAUUCAAGCAAGAAUUAAAUAUAAAAAAAAUAAUAAUAAGAGCAUUAUUUGUGGUAAUUCUCAUUGAAAAUUUUGACAGCUCAAUUCAGCAACUAGGUAGAUGGAAUCUUCGAAGAUGCUUCAAAACCACAAGAAUAUUGCACUGCUUUUCUUUUUUCUUUUUUCUUUUUUAAUAAAAAAAUAGUUUAAAUUAUUCGUACCUUUGUGUUUUAUUUGUUGCAAGGAAUGUAUUAAAAAUAUGUUUAUUUUUUUUAAGAAAAAAAAGGGCAAAAUAUUGUCGGGAACAAAAUUCGCAGGGAAAGGUAACAAAAGCUUAUAAAUCGGGAAAUGAUGGACAAUGCUGAUUUCCAAUUGACACCAACUGGUCGUCUUCUAGAUAAGUAAAUGAAUUUGUCUGUAUCAAAAGGAAAUGAUGGACAAGGAGGCAUUGAUCAAAUCAAAACAUAUUAUCGUAGAGAGAGAAGGCUUGCACUGAUAGGAAGCACUCCCAUCUGGAAAAAAGCUCUAACCGUUGCAAUGUUAAUAAUAGAAUGAACAUCUUCCUUUUAUUUUACUUGUUGUGGUGUGAUGUCCACAAGUUAUAAGGCUGAUAGUUUACUUGUUUGUGAUUUUCAGGAAUGUUCAUUCUGUAUGCAGCAUUCUUUGAGGUAUUUCUCAUUGAAAACUUUGACAGCUCAAGCCUGCAACUUGUUAGAUGGAAUCCCGGUAGAUGCUUCAAAACCGCAAGAAUUUUGUAUUACUAUUUUUAGGAUGGUUUCGUCCAAUUUUUUUAUUUUAUUUUAGGAUGGUUAAAUUCAUUCAUGCCAUAAAUAAGUGUUUCAU